AUGCUCAGCACGCAGACAUUUUUCUUCUUCCCCACGGCCCCCUUCGUCCUCUUUGUCUUCACGGCUUCCACCAUAUUUCACCUUCAUCAGAGGCUAGAGAAGAUGCAACCCACGUGGGAGUUAGAGGCACUGGAGCCAGCAACUAUGGAGACCCCCUCGCGUCCCCAGCCGAGGCCCCAGCUGAAGGGCAUGUGGACCAUCAACGCCAUAGGCCGCCUGGGGAACCAGAUGGGGGAGUACGCCACCCUGUACGCCCUGGCCAAGAUGAAUGGGCGCGCCGCCUUCAUCCCGCCCCAGAUGCACAGCACGCUGGCCCCCAUCUUCCGAAUCACACUCCCGGUUCUGCACGACGCCACGGCCAGGAGCGUCCCCUGGAAAAACUACCACCUGAACGACUGGAUGGAGGAGCAGUACCGCCACAUCCCGGGGGAGUACGUGCGCCUCACCGGCUACCCCUGCUCCUGGACCUUCUACCACCACCUCCGCGCCGAGAUCCUCCAGGAGUUCACCCUGCACGCCCACGUGCGUGAGGAGGCCCAGAACUUCCUGCGGGGUCUGCGGGUGAAUGGCAGCCGGCCGAGCACCUACGUGGGGGUGCACGUGCGCCGAGGGGACUACGUCCACGUUAUGCCCAACGUGUGGAAGGGUGUGGUGGCUGACCGGCGAUACCUGCAGCAGGCCCUGGACUGGUUCCGUGCUCGCUACAGCGCCCCCAUAUUUGUGGUCUCCAGCAAUGGCAUGGCCUGGUGUCGGGAAAACAUCAAUGCCUCCCGUGGCGACGUGGUCUUUGCCGGCAAUGGCAACGAGGGCUCGCCCGCCAAGGAUUUUGCCUUGCUCACGCAGUGUAAUCACACCAUCAUGACCAUUGGGACGUUCGGGAUCUGGGCCGCCUACCUCGCAGGUGGGGAGACCAUCUACCUAGCCAAUUACACCCUCCCAGACUCUCCCUUCCUCAAAGUCUUUAAGCCAGAGGCAGCCUUCCUGCCAGAGUGGAUUGGGAUCCCUGCUGACCUGUCCCCACUCCUCAAGCACUGA